AUGCUCCUAUUUCUACAUGCUAUGGCCGACAGCAACCCGCCAGCUGACGUGGCUCCCGGAGGUGGAAGCGGCGCGGAGGAGACGCGCAGCAAGAAAUGGCUGCCGCUGGAAUCGAAUCCAGAAGUCAUGAAUGACUUUGUGCGCAAGGUCGGCUUUCCUUCUACAGCCGGUUUCCACGAUGUCUUCGGUCUGGACUCGGAUCUCCUCGCCAUGGUGCCUCAACCGGUCCUCGCGCUGCUCUUCCUCUUCUUGCUCCCUCCCGAGGAGCGGGCCAAAGAGCCAGAGCAGCACGACCAGGGCGGUACUCCCUACCAGGCGACUCCCUCACCUGAAGCGGCAGCACAGCCAUUUUUUGUGCGGCAGACCAUAGACAACGCAUGCGGCACGAUCGCGCUGCUCCAUGCUAUCGGCAACAACCAACACAGGCUCACCCUCGAGCAGGGUUCAUUCCUUCAGCAGUUCUUUGAAAAGACCAAAGACAUGACACCGGAAGAUCGAGCAGCCUAUUUGGAGGCAGACACGCUGCUGGAGAAGGCACACACAGAUGCAGCAGAGGCGGGCGACACUCGGCCGCCGAGCAUUUAUGAGUGUGUGGAUUUGCAUUUCGUCGCCUUCGUCACCUCUGGAGGUCGCCUGUAUGAGCUAGACGGUCGCAAGCCAAAGCCGAUCGACCACGGUCCUUCGUCGCCUGAUAGCCUGCUGCAGGAUGCGGCGCGGGUGAUGCAGAAGGUGAUUGCAGCUAGCCCCAACUCGUUGCAAUUCAAUGUCAUUGCCAUGAGCCUUGUGCCGCCCGACUCUUGA